CUGACAUCUGGAAUUUUGUCCCAAGGCUGAGCAGCGCUCAAACCCCACCUCUUUCUUCCUUUCCACGUAUAUACCCUCUAUCUAUCCCAUUCUAACGGGUUUGAAUCGAUCGAUUAAAUAUCGAUAUUUUUGUGGCAACUGCGUAAAUGGAAGCUUGCAACACUUCAAACCCAGUCGCUAUUGACUUUCCACUUCACCCGAGCAAUGUCGGAAAGCUCCUCCAAUUGAUUGAUACGUUGGGCAAUGUGGAAAGCCUUGUCAUAUCGCACAUCAACAAACAAGAAUCUCAGGAGCGAGAGAAUAUUGAGUUGUUAUUUUCGGAAAAUAAGCACUUGCUGACUGACGAUUCAUCUCCGUGGAACAGCUUCACUCACAACGAUAUUAAUUUCCGGCUCCGUUUCCUCAGAAACCUUCUUGAAACUAUACGGCAACAUCAAGAGACGUUUGCAAGGCUAAAGCGUACUUUCACCUUUGAAUGGCGCAAAGAACCACGAUGUCAGAUCUCAGAAGAAGGGAGGACUUAUCUUGCGAAUAUUCAAAGCAUUUGGGAGAAAAUGGAAGAAGCUUUAUCGGUUGUUGCGCCCAAUAUUGGUCCAUAUCCUCUUUUUCUAGACAGCGAAUGCGAGCGCUAUAUGGAGCUACUAAGGUCCGCGGUUAGGAAAAUCAGCAACGGGGGUAUACUACGGCUAGAUCACUAUCGGUGGAUCGAGCUAGAUAUGUCCAAGCCACUUCCAUCAAUAUCCCAACAGCCGGAGGAGUCAACCACUCAAGGCAGACCUAGUUCUUUGGAUCUAGAGUCCGGUGGACCAGGGGAUCAACCCUUCUGGGAAAAAUGGCGAUGGCUACUAGUAAAGGAAAUCCAGCUAAUUGCUGUUUGUCUGCUUGUUGCCAUUCUAUACUCGGCUCUGAAGAAUGACCCUCAAACUGGAUUUCAGAUUGCGGCAUUCCUUUUUGCUAUUGGGACGACUUUUCUGGCUAUCUUUCGCAUGUAUUUCGAGCAAAGGGAGAAUAAGGAGGCAAAAAUCAGGCUUCAAUAGUACGAUAUA